GGUUCCAGGCGGGCCGGGUUGCAUGCCUAGAUAUUUGGUUACGGUUGCCGAACUCAGGCAAACAGCACCAUCUUCUUUCUUCACGCGAUGGACCAAGCGACAGCCUCUACGUCGCACAAUGCUCCGCGAGCGUAUCUAUUUGGUUUCGAUAUCCCUGCGGAUCACAAGAUGCCUGAUCUGGCCCUGGUUCGCAACCAAGCAGCUAAGGUUACCGAACUCAUGCGAGCUCCGAUACCACCUCAAGUUUUUGUUCAAAAUAAUAGAGGCGAGGCUAUAGGUCCCCUUCCACCGGCGUUGUGGUACAAUUCUAGGCUUCCUGAGCUCUUUCAGUUCAGCUACCUUUGCUCUGUCGAAGAUGUUCCAGAAGAUAUUUUACCACAAUGUAUUUGGUCUCUCGAAUGGAUGAUUCGUGCCUUUCUGGAAGCCUCGGACGAGCAACUGAAGAUAUUCGCUCAUCUCGCGCCGCAAGGGCAAGGUCAUGGUAUAUCGACAGAGACGGAACGGUACCUCACGCUUCAAAAUAUCCGAUCCAAGCUAGCCGAGCACUUUCUUAAACCGCAAAUCAACCAACCACUGGAAGCUCUCCGCCAUAUUCGAUGUUCCAUGGAGGCAGACAAGGAGCGCAGUGGAAAGUCUGAUAUAUUCGAUGUAAACCCGGGGCUAUAUGUGUCGUUUGCUGUAUGCCUCGCGCGUGCAGGAACAGACGACACUGAAGCAAAAGAAGCGCUAUCACGUAUCAUUCACGGUACAACAUCCGAGUCAGGCUUUGGAACUAUGGCGCAUUGCGUCGAAGCAAAGGUAUAUCUCGCCCGUGUUCUUCGGAGACUUGGGGAAGACGACGAAGCGCAUAAACUGGAGAUAUGGCUGGUCAGAUGGUUCAAGAAGCAUCCAUAUGAACUCAGUGAUACCGUUUUGGUACAUAUGUUCACUACUGGCAUCGAGCCAGCCACGGAUCCGGUUUUCACAGACCUUGGCGGAUCAGAGUGGCUGGAUCAUAGAAAGGCGACAUUGAAAACGGUAAUACGUCAAAGUAAAAACUGCCGAAGCUGCGGCGCUCGUGAACCCAAAGUGAAAUUGACGCAAUGCUCCCAAUGCCACCAUAUAUUUUACUGUUCCAAAGAGUGCCAGAGAAUGAACUGGCCCUACCAUAAGUAUAUUUUCCAUUAUAUUUGCUUUAUAAAAGUGCUCAUGACGUACCUGAAAUACAGGGUAUCCUGCAGAGAGGCUGCUGCAUAUUUCAAGAGAACAGCAGAGGUUGAGAGGACCAACGCUUUCGCAGGACAACGAUUCCGAGACUGGAUGAAUUAUAGACGCAAUCCUAGGUCUGAAACAUUAGAGUCCUUUGCGCAUGCUCUUGGAUUAGCGCGCGAUGCAUCACGAGGCCGAACACACAUCGUAUAUCAGGACGUCAAAUACGUCCCGUCCGUACAGAAUCUGCUCGACAAGUUCAGAACCACAGGCGUUGGAGUUUUCAAGCUCGAAGAUGUCUGGCAAGACCUUGAAUUCAGGAUGGGCCUAGAUCCUGGCGAGGGGAAGGUGUACAUCUGCGAGAUGCUCGAGGAGUUUGAACCUGGGAAAGGGCGGGCCGGAGAACCAUACAUUCCCAUCUUUAGUUUGAUGUUCUCGGCCACAAAUGAUGUCGAAGUGUAUCUUAGAAUCGACAGUAUUUCACGAAGCACAGUAGCAUCCAUGCGACCCAACCCAGACUGGAGAUGCGAUGUGAAUGUGAAAGGUGAACCUCCCGUUCAUAUCAAGUUAGGAGAUGGAAAGAUUCUGGAUGCGGAAUUUAAUUUUUGAAGGUAUAGCCGCCAAACUAUAGUCGUCGACUAUGCCAAAAGCUGUUAUGGAUUUCCGCAUCGAUGGAAUUCCUGGAAGUCUCCAGUCGCUUGAAGCCGUUUCUUUUCCUUUCUAUCUCUUUCUGCACUUUUUCUUACUCAGCCUAACGAACUCGUUAUGACUCAAUGACUUCACGAAACUUGUCAAACCUUCUAGUAACACCCAUUUGUAUAUAACCAUAGCUACGAAACUUGUACUAGGUAUCAAAUUC